GAAUUUUUGGAUUUUUCAGAGCUACAAAUAAAAGAGGUUGACAAUAAACUAAUGAUAUCAGGAAAUAUCUCAUCUAACUGGAAUUACGACCCAACCGAUCGCCUUGAAACUACUUCAACGUUGUAUCGUUUUGAACGUCGAGAAUGGGUCAAUACCGUAAUAAGCGCUAGAUUUAACGAUUUGUGUAAUGAGUUGUUUGAUGAACGAAAGCAAUGGUACAUGUUUUGGACUAAGCAUGUAAUCAACAUUGAUGACGUGAAGAAGACAUGCUUUUUAAAAGGCUCAAAAUUUAUUCAUAAAACAUUUACAACAGAUGGGGGCACGGAUUUACAAUUGAUUGUUCCCCAAGGACGACAUAAGCUGGUAGUCCUGAUAAAACCGAUUGAUAAAAAUCUCACAGUGCCAAUAAGAACGUCAGCUGUGCGUAGUGUGACCGCAUUUAAUGUCAGUGCGCCCGUCAGCUGA